AUGAUGAAGGCGGUUCAGUUCAGCGAGUACGGUAGCACGGAUGUGCUUACGGUGGUGGAUAUUCCGAAGCCGACGGCCGAGGCCAGCCAGGUGCUCAUCCGAGUCGAGUAUGCUGGCGUCAACUUUAUCGACACGUACCUGCGGACAGGGCUGUACACUUCAGUGCUUCCUGCAACAGCCGGCCGCGAGGCCGGUGGCGUGAUCGAGCACGUGGGUGAGGCGGUACCGGCAGAGUAUGGGCUGGCGGUGGGCGACCGGGUAGCCGUGUUUGGUCCGGCGGCGCUGGCCGAGUACAUGGCCGCAGAGGCGAGCACGGUUCUCAAACUGCCGGAGAGCGUGUCGACGAGGGAGGGGGCGGCUCUGAUCCUGCAGGGGUUGACGGCCUGGACGCUGGUUCGCGACGCCCACGACGUCAAGGCUGGCGAGACGGUGCUGGUGCAGGCCGCAGCCGGUGGCACGGGUGGUUUGCUCGUACAGAUGGCCAAGGCCCUGGGGGCUACCGUGAUUGGAACCGCUUCGACGCCGGCAAAGAUCGAGGUGGCGCGCAAGCACGGGUGCGAUCACGUGAUCAACUACGCCGAGGACGACAUGGAAACCGAGGUGCUGCGGCUGACCGACGGCCAGGGCUGCCACGCGGUCUUCUCAGGCGUCGGCAAAGCGACGUUGGUGGCGGAUAUGAACGUGACACGGCGCAAGGGCACGUUUGUGACGUUUGGCAAUUCGAGCGGGGCCAUUGAGUCGGUGCGGCCGCUGGACCUAAGCCGCAAGAAUAUCAAGCUGGUGCGGCCGACGCUGACCAACUACAUUGCCACGCGCGAGGAGUUUUCCGAGCGUAGUGCCGAAUUGGUUGACCUGGUGGCGUCGGGUCGUCUGUCCGUCAGUAUUGGUGGCGAGUAUGGCCUGCACGAGGUCGGCAAGGCCCAAGAUGCUCUGGUUGCCCGGAAAACGGUCGGUAAGCUAGUCAUCAAGGUCCAGUAG